AUGAAGUUCCCUCUAGGAAGCAUGUCCCUCUGGCUUCUAUGUCUCGUCCAAUGGGCAACUGCAACUACGGUGUUCUUUCCAGUUACCUUGACAUGGUCGGAAAGAACCGUCGCAGGAGUGACUAGGCCGGUGAUUUCGAUGAACGGCCAGUUCCCUGGUCCCCCGCUGCGGAUCAACCAGGGUGAUAAUGUGCAGUUUCUCGUUGACAAUCGGUGCCCAUUCAAUACAACUAUACACUUCCAUGGAAUUGAACAGCUAGGAACUCCUUGGUCUGACGGGGUCCCCGGUGUCUCGCAGAGAUCCAUCAGACCAAACACAUCGUUCCUAUAUAGGUGGACAGCAACCGAGUAUGGAGCAUACUGGUAUCAUGCGCAUCACCGUGGCUCUCUCGAAGAUGGACUUUUUGGACCAAUCUACAUCACCCCCGCUCCAAUGGUAGAAAAACCUUUCAGUCUUAUCACAACCGACCCCGCUCAGUUGGCGGCUAUGAUUCUCGCGGAGAGCGUGACCUGUCCCGUAUUGCUUUCCGAGUGGCGUGUUCUCACGUCGGAGGAGAUCUGGGCUGCCGAGAUGGCCUCUGGCACAGACGCAUUCUGUGCUAAUGCUUUGCUCAUUAACGGCAAAGGGUCCAUCACCUGUCUGCCACGUGCCGAGAUUGAUGCUCUGACAACACCCGUUCAGAAAACGAGCCUGGGUGAUGAUUUAAGAUUAACAGAUAUGGCAUGCUUCCCUCCCAAUAUCACUGAAACGGUAUUCAAUUUCCCACACAACUACGCUGCCAUCCCCCCAACCAUGUUCGAAGGCUGCGUGCCAUCCCAAGGUCCUCAAGAAAUAUUAACUGUCAAUGCAGCCCAUAAAUACGUAAGCUGGGAUCUCACCAGCACAGCCAGCCUGCUAGAGCUCACCUUCUCAGUCGACGAGCACGACAUGUGGGUAUACGCCAUAGACGGACGAUAUAUCCAACCAAGAAGGGUCAACGCAGUCACCAUCCCAAACUCAAACCGUUACUCAGUUUUGAUCCCCCUCACCCAGCCAGCGGGGGACUACGCCGUACGCAUGAUCAGUGCCAGCAUAAACCAGAUCCUCAAUACCACAGCAAUAAUGCGAUACCAUGGCGCGCCCGGACUAACACGCCCAUCCAAUCCGUGGAUCACAAUCAACAACCAACCCGCCACGGAAAACACCGUUUUUCUAGACGAGACCCAGGUCGUCCCAUUUCCGGCGCUCGUCCCUUCCAACAACAUAGCACAAACCUUCUUCCUGAAUAUCGACCAAGUCGGCAACGCCUUCCGCUGGAGACUCGGUAACACCAGCUACGGUCUCGAUCUCGAGGAGGCACAGCCCUUGCUCUUCAACCAGAACUCCAUUCCUCAAGAUCUGAUCAUCAGAACGAGGAAUAAUACCUGGAUCGACUUGGUUCUCCAAACAGAUACCAUCCUCCAGCCCCCGCAUCCGAUCCACAAGCACUCGAAUAAGCAUUUUAUCAUCGGUCAGGGGAAUGGCACUUUCACUUGGAGUUCAGUCGCAGAAGCUGUACAGGCUAUCCCCGGUAACUUCAAUCUGCAGACUCCGCAGUAUCGUGACACCUUCCAUACGUUGCCGGCUGUCACAGGCCCGACUUGGACGGUUAUUCGGUAUCAUGUUGUCAAUCCCGGUGCAUUCCUGAUGCAUUGUCAUAUUCAGGUUCAUCAGAGUGGGGGGAUGGUUUUGGCGAUGUUGGAUGGGGUCGACGUUUGGCCUACUGUCCCGCCGGCCUAUUUGAUUGAUUCUGGGUUUUAG